AUGAACUACGAGAUGCAACCUCAGGAGAAUGAUUUAUACGAUGGCUCUGACCGAUGGAGCUUCCGAUCUUUAGAGGAACUACCCGAUGUUCCAGAGAUUAAGAGAUCAAUCAAGAUAUAUCCAAGUGGAAAGAGCACAGGAACAAUACUGAAAGUACCUGUUAAACAAGCUAGUAGACCAGUGUCGAUGGCCCCGAUGCCACCAACACCAACGCGACCAGUAUCGAUGGCACCUCAGCAAGGAGCUCCACCCAGACCACCUGCCCACACACCACCGGGCACCACACCACCUCGACCACCCGCCCCAACUCCAGGCGCUACUCCAACUCGUCCACCAGUGCCAACUGGCGUUCCACCUAGACCUCCCGCACCAACACCAGGCGGACCACCCCGUCCACCCGUGCCAACCGGAGCACCCCGUCCCACACCCGGCGCACCACCAACGCCUGGUGGACCGCGUCCGACUCCACCCGUGCCAGGCGCCACUCGUCCCAACCCACCAGUGCCAGGCGGACCACGUCCGAACCCACCAGUGCCAGGCGGCGCCGCUCCACCAAAGCCCGAGCGACCAAUGUCGCGCCCGCCCGGUCCACCCGUCCCAGCAGGCGGCGGCGCUAAACUGCCUCCUCGUCCAACAAAUAUGGCACCAGGCGGCGCACCCAAUGGUGUUCCCAAUGGCGGAGCACCUCCACCCAAGCCAGGUCGUCCAACUCCACCACUGCCACCGCGC